AUGGUAUCAGAGCAUUCAUCUGGGAUUAGGGCUGGAGAUAAAGGAAGGAAGGAGGCUGGAGGAGCUCAACUCAAGAGGGUUGAGUUGCUAGAGACAGAAUUAGGGCAUUUGUACGAUCGAAUGGAGAAUCCAGGGCAUCUGAUCCAACAUACUGCUGACUCCAUAGCCUCUCUUCAGCUGAAGAUGGAGCAGAAGUUCGAAGAGGUUUUGAUGGCAAUAGCCAAGAGCCAUCCAGAAGAACCAAAUGGAAAGAAAUCAGUGGGAGAAGAGCACAACAGCGACCCUGUUUUUUCGUGGGUGGAGACAACGAAAGGGACAAACCCUACGGGAUUCAGUGGAGGUUCAAGAAAUGGAACAGGAGGUGGUUCCGACGGCGGUGGCGGUGGCGGUGGCCAUACAACCGGAGGCGAAUACAACGGAGGAACCAACUGGAGAAUCAAGAAGCUGGAGAUACCACUAUUUAAUGGAAAUAAUUCGAAUGGCUGA